AUGGCGACAGCCUCCGAGCUGUUCUCAGAAGACGCUCGGACGCGGUUCACCCAUACAAAAGCCCUCUUCGAACAACUCGAACGUCAGCAACACGAGACGCCGUCCUUCUACUCGCCUCGGCCAGUCCGACAACCCCCUCCCCUUCCUCCAAAACCACAUCAUUCCUAUCAACCGCCGAUAUGCCCGGGAAGUCCACUGUCGCAGGUAGCGCGGAACUUCAGCGAACUGGCCACCGACCUCGAUCGUAUUUCAACGGGCGUGGGCCCCCGUCCAACAAUUGUCCCAUCACCUCCAAAAGAUGGACCCAGCUUCGAAGACGAUGUGCAUAUGGAGGAACGGGCAAAUGGUUUUGCGAGCACAAUGCUGGGCAGCCUGCCACCCAACGACGCCACAAUGAUUGACCAAAUCAGGGGGCUAUCUCCCGAACGAGAGGGGCGCGAUCGAAAAGUCUCCUUUUCUACGGCUCCUAUUCCGGUCUACCGGACGCACACUUCUGACGAAUAUGAUCGACGAAACGACGAGAUUGACCCGGUUGCUUCGUGCGCUGAAUAUGAAUUGGAACGACGCCUUGAGCGGAUGAGCCUUUUCGACGUGGAACUCGAUAAGGGCCAAGAAGGGCUUGGCGUCUCGAUUAUAGGAAUGGGUGUCGGUGCUGAUUCCGGUUUGGAGAAGCUUGGCAUCUUUGUGAAGAGUAUCACUCCCGGGGGAGCCGUUCAUCGAGAUGGCAGGAUUCGCGUCUGUGACCAGAUUGUCUCAGUUGAUGGAAAAUCGCUUGUUGGUGUUAGUCAACUCUUCGCUGCCGAAACACUCAGAGCCACCACAAAUCGCGUGCGCUUCACGAUCGGUCGUGAACCAAAUCUCGACGAAUCAGAAGUGGCACAGCUGAUACGACAGUCACUCGAGUCGGAUCGAACGAGAGCGGCACUCCCGGAUGUGGAUGACGAGCUGAGCCAAGUUGAAGAGGAAACAGACGUGCUCUGCAAUGACUUCCCGGCGCCCAAUACGUAUCAAAAUGGAUAUCCCAAUCGCGAUCAAGAGACCGAAAUUCGGUCGAAAAUCCAUGUCUUGGAGCUGGAGCUGGAGAUGUCACAGAAGAAGGCAUUCCAAAUGAACAAUGUCCUCGAUUCGACCAAGACCCAUUUCGAACAACUUGAGAGGAAAUACGACCAGGCCAAUCAGCUGCUCAGGAAUUAUCAAGAAAGGGAGAAAGAGCUGCUGUGUCGAGAGGAAUCGCACGUUUCGCAGCUUCGCGAGAAGGAUGCACAUUAUGCCAGUCUCGUCCAACAGCUGAAGGAACGCAUCGACGAACUGGAAGGACGAUUAGAAGAGGUGGUGGAUCAACGGCUGUCGACCCAGAACGAAAACCAUCCGGACGAAUCAUCGGCCUAUCGACCCAAUGGAGAUUCAACGAAUCAUGAAGAUAAAGCCGUAAUGGCCCGAAUACCCAGCCAAUCAAAGUUGAUAUCGAAGAGAGAUGCCGAGGUGUGCACCGGAUGGGAUGAUGAUAAAGUGUCCUCAUCAUGCGACAGUCCCGUUCCACGUAUUUCGGAACCGGCCAGCCCUGCGAUGCCGCACAAAUUCAUCCACCGAAAGCUCCUUUUCCCAUUGAAAAAACGCUACAUCCUGAAUGAGAGCGAGUUUUGGAGAACACCCUACGAGCAGAUGCAGGGUCUGCAAGUGUUACAAUGGUCUGUCGAUGAUAUUUGCCAGCUACUGGUGUCGAUGGGCCUCGACAAGUACGUGCCAGAGUUCACGAUGCACAAGGUCAACGGCCCGAAAUUCCUGGAAUUGGACGGGGCCAAGCUCAAGGGAAUGGGCAUACAAAACCACUCGGAUCGAUCGUUGAUCAAGAAGAGGGUGAAGACGAUCAAGAGUCGAAUCGAACGCGAACGGAAGCUGCUGGAGAAGGAGAGCCGGAUGCGAACGUUGAUGCCACAUCCCGCAGUACCCGUC